AUGGCAUCUACUUCUAAAACUAGCAGGCACUCACAGUUCGGAGAAUCUGCACCAUCUGCAUCUACUUCUGGUCGAUCCUAUGAUGUUUUUAUCAAUCAUCAAGGUCCUGAUGUCAAACACACUCUAGCUACGUUUCUUUAUAGAAUGCUCACUAAUGGCAUGGGACUGAGGGUUUUUCUGGAUUCAGAAGAGCUUGAAUUGGGGGAUUCCUUGCCCACCGAACUACAAGAAGCAAUGAGGAGUGCUUCACUUCAUAUUGCUUUAUUUUCAAAGAAAUAUGCAGAGUCUCGUUGGUGUUUGGAUGAGCUGUCAUUUAUGUUCAGAACAGGCACUAGUAUUGGUCCCAUCUUCUACUACAUUGACAUUGGAGAUGUUCAAUAUGCAAAAGGAGGCUAUGCUGAAGCAUUUGAGUUGCACCAAAAAAAGGGUAGAUACGACUCUGAAAAAAUUGAGGAGUGGAAGUAUACGCUCUUCAAUGUUUCACAUAACAUCGGUUACGUCGUUAACAAAAAGGAAGACGAGGACAUGCUGCUGAAGAAUAUUACUUAUUGCGCUGUGAAAGAAGUUAAAAAGUUACCAUUUGUGGUCGCAGAACAUCCUGUUGGUCUAGAGGAAACUAUAAAAGAUUUUGAAUUGGCUACCCUUCAAUCAGAUGGACUUCAUCAGAAUGUACAAAUUGUCGGAAUAUGGGGCAUGGGUGGUUCCGGUAAGACCACUCUUGCUAAAAGGUUAUAUAAUGAUAUAUAUCCAUCUAUGGAGAAGUCCAGUCUUAUAUUAGAUGUUAGAGAUGCUGCUAACAAUAACUUGUUGUACAAGCAGAAAAAACUCUUGAAGGACCUUGGUUUCAAAAGUGUAUCAAUUGACAAUAUAGAAGAAGGGAAGCGAUUCUUGCAUGUCACUUGAGAUCUGUUCGAACAUUAAUUGUUCUAGAUGAUGUCGAUCAUGUGGACCAACUGAAUGCUUUAUUACCCAC